AUGGCCUUUUCACAAUGUGUGGGCCCACAGGACAUCAAAGGCCAGUGUUGGACAGACGAGGAGUCGGACGGAGAGAAUGAGUCGGAACAGUUCCUGUAUGGCAUUCAGGGGAGCUGUGCUGCUGACCUGUACCGUCACCCUCAACUGGAUGCAGACAUUGAGGCAGUGAAAGACAUCUACACUGACAGUGCUGUCUCUGUUAGGGAGUAUGGAACCAUUGAUGACGUCGACAUUGAUCUUCACAUUAACAUCGGUUUCUUAGAUGAGGAAGUUGCGACAGCUUGGAAAGUUAUCAGAACUGAGCCCAUUAUUCUGAGACUGCGCUUUUCUCUUUCUCAGUACCUCGAUGGACCUGAGCCAUCAGUAGAAGUGUUCCAGCCCUCCAAUAAAGAAGGCUUCAGCCUGGGCCUGCAGCUCAAAAAGAUCCUGAGCACAUUCACCUCACAGCAGUGGAAGCACCUCAGUAAUGAGUUCCUCAAGGCCCAGCAGGAGAAGAGGCACAGCUGGUUCAAAGCCGGAGGAACCAUCAAGAAGUUCCGUGCCGGGCUCAGCAUCUUCUCCCCUAUACCCAAGUCUCCAAGUUUUCCUCUGAUCCAAGACACAGUUUUAAAAGGGAAGCUGAGCGUCCCCGAGCUGAGAGUGACCCGCCUGAUGAACCGCUCUAUCUCAUGUACCAUGAAGAAUCCUAAAGGGGAGCUGUUUAGCUAUCCCCCAAACAGCCAGACUGUGGCUGUCCCAGCGGCCAGGGCCCCAGCGCAGAUUACCACGAGGCAGCUGAUUGAAUUGUUUUUCUCAUCCCAGGCGGGCGGCCACUGCAAGAACAUCCCUACCUUGGAGUAUGGCUUCUUAGUGCAGAUAAUGAAGUACUCAGAGCAGAGGAUCCCCACGCUCAACGAGUACUGCGUGGUCUGUGACGAACAGCACGUCUUUCAGAAUGGAUCCAUGCUGAAGCCCGCUGUGUGUACCAGGGAGCUGUGUGUGUUCUCCUUUUACACUCUGGGUGUGAUGUCCGGAGCUGCAGAGGAAGUGGCCACCGGAGCAGAGGUGGUUGACCUACUUGUGGCUAUGUGUCGAGCUGCUCUCGAGUCUCCCCGUAAGAGCAUCAUCUUUGAGCCCUACCCAUCAGUAGUUGACCCCAAUGACCCCAAGACUCUGGCAUUCAACCCAAAGAAGAAGAAUUAUGAGAGACUGCAGAAAGCACUGGAUAGCGUCAUGUCCAUCCGGGAAAUGACCCAGGGCUCAUAUCUGGAGAUCAAGAAGCAGAUGGACAAACUGGACCCUUUGGCCCAUCCCCUGUUACAGUGGAUCAUUUCCAGUAACAGGUCUCAUAUCGUCAAGCUGCCUCUCAGUAGGCAACUGAAAUUCAUGCACACCUCCCACCAGUUCCUGCUGCUCAGCAGUCCCCCGGCCAAGGAGGCUCGUUUUCGCACUGCCAAGAAGCUGUACGGCAGCACCUUCGCCUUCCAUGGUUCCCAUAUAGAGAACUGGCACUCUGUUCUGAGAAAUGGACUAGUCAAUGCCUCUUAUACCAAACUGCAGCUGCAUGGGGCAGCAUAUGGAAAGGGCAUCUAUCUGAGCCCCAUCUCCAGCAUAUCUUUUGGAUACUCAGGAAUGGGGAAAGGACAGCACCGCAUGCCCACCAAAGAUGAACUGGUGCAGCGUUACAACCGCAUGAACACCAUACCACAGAGCCGUCCAAUACAGUCAAGGUUUCUUCAGAGUAGAAAUCUGAACUGCAUCGCUCUGUGUGAAGUUAUCACAUCUAAGGAUCUGCAGAAACAUGGUAACAUCUGGGUGUGUCCUGUAUCCGACCAUGUCUGUACUCGCUUCUUUUUUGUGUAUGAAGAUGGCCAAGUAGGAGAUGCCAACAUUAACACCCAGGAGCCUAAGGUUCAGAAGGAGAUCAUGCGUGUGAUUGGGACCCAGAUCUACUCCAGCUAA